AUGGCGGCCUCGGUGACAGGACGCGGUCUAGCGUUUAUUAGGACAUUAUCGAGCCAGAUACCUUUGCGGUUGCCAUGGGUGACAACUCCGCAGCAGUUAUCAUGUUUUCACACCAGUGUCUCUAUGGAGGGUCGGAGAUGGGAAAACACAAACAAAAUAGUACAUCCUCCACAGCUGCCAGACGAACCGCGUAGACCAGCUGAAAUCUACCACAGCAAAAGGCAGUUUAAAUACAGCAAAGACAAGUUGUGGUAUUUAGCAAAACUGGUCAAAGGAUUGAGCAUCGAUCAAGCAAUUGCCCAACUCGAGUUUAGUGACAAGAAGGGAGCCAAGUUCAUGAAAGAUACUCUGCUUGAAGCUCAGGAGAUGGCUGUGAGAAGCCACAAUGUAGAGUACAAGUCCAACCUCUAUGUCGCCGAAUCCUUCUCUGGUAAAGGUCCUCCGCCCAAAAAGAUAGAAAAGACCAGUUUUGAUGCUGCAAAAGAAUAUUGCGCAGUCCCCAUGGAGCCGAGCCACAGAUUGAGAAACAAAUGGAAAAUCAGACGCACUUUACUGUGGAAGAGCUUCAGGGCCGAAGUCAAUUACUUUGAACACAAACACACGAGAUCUCAGAAGCUACAAUCCACUAACAAAAGCUCAUCACAGACUGAACACAUCCUGCUCAACAUUGGACUACCUCAACAGAAUCCCUGGAUUUCUCCCAAGGACAAAUAA